UCUCGUAACCACAAAAGAAUGUUUUCUUCUUAGUUUAAACUAUUUCUCAAGUUCUUAUAAUAGUGGUCUUAUACAAUAUUUGUCCUUUUGCAACUGACCAAUUUCACUCAUGUUAGUGAAAUUUCACUCAGCAUAAUGCCUUCCAGGUUCCUCCAUGUUCCUCCAAGUUAUGAAAUGUUUCACAGAUUCCUCACUGUUCUUUAUCGAUAUGUAGUAUUCCAUUGUGUGAAUAUACCAUAAUUUAUUUAUCCAUUCAUCCAUUGAUGGGCACCUUGGUUGCUUCCAUGUUUUUGCUAUUGUAAAGAGUGCUGCAAUAAACAUGGGUGUCCAUAUGUCUGUUCAUGUAAAGGCUCUUAUUUCUCUAGGAUAUAUGCCAAGGAGUGGGAUUGCUGGAUCGUAUGGUAGUUCUAUUUCUAACUUUUUAAGGAAGUGCCAAAUCGAUUUCCAAAGUGGUUGCACCAUUUGACAUUCCCACCAGCAGUGAAGAAGUGUUUCAAUCUCUCCACAGCCCCUCCAACAUUUAUUCUUUUGUGUUUUUUGGAUUAAUGCCAGCCUUGCUGGAGUGAGAUGAAAUCUCAUUGUGGUUUUGAUCUGCAUUUCUCUAAUGGCUAAUGAUCAUGAACAUUUCCUCAUAUAUCUGUUAGCUACCUGAAUGUCUUCUUUAGUGAAGUGUCUAUUCAUAUCUUUUGCCCAUUUUUUAAUUGGGUUAUUUGUCUUUUUGCAGUUGAGUUUUUGCAGUAUUAUGUAGAUUUUAAAGAUCAGGUGCUGAUCAGAAAUGUCAUAGCUUAAAAAUUUUUCCCAGUCUGUAGGUAAUUUUUUUACCCUUUUGGUGAAGUCUUUGGAUGAGCAUAAGCGUUUGCUUUUUAGGAGCUCCCAGUUAUCUAGUUUUUCUUCUACAUUCUUUAUAAUGUUUUCUAUACGAUUUAUGCCAUGUAUUAGGGCUCCCAACGUUGUCCCUAUUUUUUCUUCCAUGAUCUUUAUCGUUUUAGAUUUUAUAUUUAGGUCUUUGAUCCAUUUUAAGUUAGUUUUUGUGCACGGAGUGAGGUAUGGUUCUUGUUUCAUUUUUUUCCAGAUGAAUAUCCAGUUCUGCCAGCACCAUUUGUUAAAAGGACUGUCUUUUCCCCAUUUCACUGUUUUGGGGCCUUUGUCAAAUAUCAGCUGCACAUAUGUGGAUGGAUUUAUGUCUGGAUUCUCAAUUCUGUUCCAUUGGUCCGUGUAUCUGUUGUUGUACCAGUACCAGGCUGUUUUGACUACUGUGGUGGUAUAAUAGGUUCUAAAAUCAGGUAAAGUAAGGCCUCUUACUUUGUUCUUCUUUUUCAGUAAUGCCUUAUUUAUCCAGGGCCUCCAUAUGAAAUUGGUGAUUUGUUUCUCCAUCUCAUUAAAGAAUGUCGUUGGGAUUUGGAUCGAAAUUGCAUUAAAUGUAUAGAUCACUUUUGGUAAAAUAGACAUUUUUAUAAUGUUAAGUCUUCUUAUCCAUGAGCAAGUAUGUUCUUCCACUUAUGUAAGUCUCUUUUGGUUUCUUGCAGAAGUGUACUGUAGUUUUCUUUGUGUAAGUCUUUUACAUCUCUGGUAAGAUUUAUUCCUAAGUAUUUUAUCUUCUUGGGGGCUACUGUAAAUGGCAUUGAUUUGGUGAUUUCCUCUUCAAUGUUCUUUUUGUUGGUGUAGAGAAAUUCAACUGAUUUUUGUAUGUUUAUCUUGUAUCCCAAUAUUCUGCUGAACUCUUCUAUUAGUUUUAGUAGUUUUCUGGAGGAUUGCUUAGGGUUUUCUGUAUAUAAGAUCAUGUCAUCUGCAAAUAGAGAUACUUUUACUUCUUCAUUGCCAUUCUGGAUGCCCUUUAUUUCUUUCUCUAGCCUAAUUGCUCUGGCUAGGACUUCCAGCACAACGUUGAAUGACAGUGGCGAUAAAGGGCAUCCUUGUCUGGUUCCCGAUCUUAGUGGGAAUGUUUUCAGGCUCUCUCCAUUUAGGGUGAUGUUGGCUGUUGACUUUGUAUAAACACCCUUUAUUAUGUUGAGAAAUUUUCCUUCUAUUCCUAUUUUGCUGAGAGUUUUUAUCAUGAAUGUGUGCGAACUUUGUCAAAUGCCUUUUCUGCCUCAAUUGAUAAAAUCAUGUGAUUCUUGCCUUUUGUUUUAUUUAUGUGGUGGAUUACAUUCAUUGUUUUUCUAAUGUUGAACCAUCCCUGCAUACCUGGUAUGAAUCCUACUUGGUCAUGGUGAAUUAUUUUUUUGAUAUGUUGUUGAAUUCUACUGGCUAGAAUUUUGUGAGGAUUUUUGCAUCUACAUUCAUGAGGGAUAUAGGUCUAUAAUUUUCUUUUUUUGGUGGUGUCUUUACCUGGUUUUGGUAUCAGGGAUAUGGUGGACAAGCCAUAUUUUUAAUCACUUCGUAUGCAUGGGAAAACCGGACAGCGUAUAAGGAAGAACUAAGAAUUGAUGCCUAUGAAUUAUGGUGUUGGCGAAGAAUAUUGAAUAUACUAUGGACUUCCAAAAGGGCAAACAAGUCUGUCUUGGAAGAAAUAUACACCCAGUGUGCUCCUUGGAAGCGAGGAUAGCAAGACAUCGUCUCAUAUACUUUGGACAUGUUAUCAAGAGGGGCUAGUCCCUGGAGAAGGACAUUGUUUCAGUUAGCUAGUGCUGCUAUAACAGAAAUAACACAGUGGAUGGUUUUAACAAAGAGAAAUUUAUUCUCUCAGAGUCUAGGAGGCUAGAAGUCUGAAUUCAGGGUACCGGCUCAAGGGGAAGGCUUUCUGUCUCUGUCAGCUGUGGGAUAAGGUCCUUGUCAUCAAUCUUCCCCAGUAGAGGAGCUUCUCAGAGCAGGGAACCCAGGUCCAAAGGAUGUGCGCUAUUCCGGUUCUAUUUCUUGGUGAUAUGAGGUUUCUCUGUCUCUCUGUGUGCUUCUCUUUUUUAUAUCUCAAAAGAGAUUGACUUAAAACACAACCUAAUCUUGUAGAUUGAGUCUUGCUCCAUUAACAUAACUACCUUUAAUCCUGCCUUAUUAACAUCAUAAAGGUAGGAUUUACAACACACAGGAAAAUCAGGUCCGAUGACAAAAUGGUAGAUGAUCACACAAUACUGGGAAUCAUGGCCUAGCCAAGCUGACAGAUGUUUUGGGGGACACAAUUCAAUCCAUGACAGAUAUCAUGCUUGGUAAAAGUAGAGGGUCAGCAAAAAAGAGGAAGGCCCUCAACUAGAUGAAUUGCCACAGUGGCUCCAACAAUGGGUUCAAAUACAGCAACAAUUGUGAGGGUGGUGCAGGAUUGGGCAGUGUUUCAUUCUGUUGUACACAGGGUGACUAUGAGAUGGAACUGACUCGAUGGCACCUAAUAACAACAGCCUCCUAAACUGUGUGAGAGUAAAUUUCUGUUUGCUCAAACCAUCUGGAUUCAGAAGAUGGUGUGGAACAAGGGAUAUCACUGCCGAUGUCAGGAUGAAUCCUGGCUGAAAGGAGAGAAUACCAGAAGGAUGUUCACCUGUGUUUUAUUGACUAUGCAAAGGCAUUCAACUUUGUGGAUCAUAACAAAUUAUGGAUAACAUUUCAAAGAAUGGGAAUUCUAAAACAAUUGUGCUCAUGAGGAACCUGUACUUAGACCAAGAGGCAUGUCGUUCCAAUAGAACAAGUGGAUACUGCAUGGUUUAAAAUCUGGAAAGGUGUGCAUCAGGGUUGUAUACUUUCACAUACUUAUUCAAUCUGUAUGCUGAGCAAAUAAUCCAAGAGCCUGGACUAUAUGGAGAAGAACGUGGCACCAAGAUCAGUGGAAGACUCCUUAACAGCCUUCGAUAUGCAGAUGACACAACCUUGCUUGCUGAAAGUGAAGAGGACUUGAAGCACUUACAGAUGAAGAUCAAAGACCACAGCCUUCAGUAUGGAUUACACCUCAACAUAAACAAACAAAAAUUCUCACAACUGGAGCAAUAAGCAACAUCAUGAUAAAUGGAGAAAAGAUUGAAGUUGUCAAGGAUUUCAUUUUAAUUGGACCCACAAUCAAUACCUGUGGAAGCAGAGUCAAGAAAUCAAAUGACACAUUGCAUUGGGCAAAUCUGCUGAAAAAAAUCUCUUUAAAGCAUUAAAAAGCGAAGAUGUCACUUAAAGGGCUAAGGUGUGCCUCACCCAAAUCAUGGUGUUUUCAAUCAGCUCAUAUGUGUGUGAAAGCUGGAUAAUGAAUAUAGAAGACCAAAGAAGAAUUGAUGCCUUUGAUUAUGGUGCUGGCGAAGAAUAUUGACUAUAUCAUGGACUUUCUGUCUUUGAAGAAGUACAGCCAGGAUGGUCAUUAGAAUCGAGGACGGUGAGACUUUGUCUCACGUAUGUUGGAUAUGUUAUCAGGAGGGACCAGUCUCUGGAGAGGGACGUCAUGCUUGGUAAAGUAGAGGAUCAGUGAAAAAGAGGUAGACCUUCAAUGAGAUGGAUUGACACAGUGGCUGCAACAAUGGGCUCGAGCGUAGCAACGAUUGUGAGAAUGGCAUAAGACAGGGCAUUGUUUUGUUCUGUUGUACAUAGGGCCGCUAUGAGUUGGAACCAGCUCGAUAGUACCUAACAACAACAACAAUAAAACCAUCAGCUUGUGGUAUUUCUGUUAUAGCAGUGCUAGAUAACUAAGACAGUACCCUGUUCUUGGCCCUCAAAGGUAGGACCUGCCUUGUAAGGCUCUGAGGAUUCAAUAAAACAAUAAAGAACCUAACCAUAGAGGUGCUUCGUAAGGAAUGAAUGGUAUACUGCCUGGGAGACAUGCACUCUCCAUCAUGAACUAUGGCGAGACCAAGAAACAAGGAAAAAAACAAUGUUACUUACCACUGGGGCUUUACAAAUUAAACUGGAUUGUUGCCCUUCAAAGAAUCUAGGAUCGUGAUUUAAUGACUUAUAUCCUGCCUCUGACUUUCCUUUUAACUGCCACUGACAACAAUCUAAAUGAGAAUCACCAUCCACUGGAUUGUAUACCAUCUAACACAGGUUGAAUCUCACACCAUUCUGUGCAAUAACUGUGAUAAAAUAAGAGUAAUUAACAUUUUCUGACUGUUUGCUAUAUGCUACGCAUUGAGGAGGUGCAAAUGGUUUACACUCUACUACUAACCUAAAGGUUGGUUGUUGGAACUCACCCACCAGUACCGUAGAAGAAAGGCGGAGCAAUCUUCUUCUUUUAUGAUUACAGAAAACCCUAUGGAGCAAUUCUACUCUGUAGUGCAUGGGGCCUCCAUGAGUAGGAAUUGACUUGAUGGCAACGGGUUUGUUUCUUUUGGGGCUCUGCUUUAUAGAUAUUCAUUUAAUCCUCAUAAUAACACAUUGAGAAUAUUUACUAUUCUCCCCAUUUUACAAAUGAGGAAACUAAGACAUAAAGAGGUUAAGAAACUUGCCCAAGUUCACACAACUUGAAAGUGGCAGAGCUGAGAUUCAAACAUAAGCAGAGAAGGCCCAGGGUCUCAAAUCUUAAUCUCCACUAGGCUGCCAAAUAACCUCUAAAUAAAGUAUUAAGUAUCUUUAAGGUGCACAAGCACACACAUAUAACAGCAGAAAAUACAACAGACUAUUUCUCCAUUCCUUCAAAGGAAAGUACUCUAAAAAGUUGAGGUAGAAGAAAAGAAAAAAAAAAAUGACUUUAUAAAAAUUUGAAGUCUCUGAUCAAUAGAAAAAUAACAGAUUAAAAUAAAAGGGAAGAUACUAGAGGAAUAUUUGUAUGAAAUGUAAUAACCUAAGUUUUGUUGUCUACAAGGCAAAUGUAUUAAAAAAAAAAACUAUGUUUUAAAUUUAAAAAAUGUAUCAAAACUCCAAUAGAAAAAUGGACAAAGAACAAGAACAGAAAAUUCACAUUAAAGAAAAUACAAAAAAUAAAAUGUCAUAAACAAGUAAAAGAGUGUCCAGCUUUACUAGUAAUCAAAUAAAUGCAAUUUAAAACAGUAAGUAUCAAGUUACAGUUAUUCAAUUGACAAUAUUAAAUCAUGAAAACACCCAGUGCUAAGAAGAUUUCAGCCAUCCUUCUAUACUUAUCCACUGUUGUUGAGUUAUAAUUUGGAAAAGCCUAUAAAAAAGCAAAUUAGUAGCGUGUUAUUAUGUAGCCAUAAAACUCUUUAGACUGUUUGACCUUAUAACAAUGUCCCUCAGAUUAUAAGAGUAUUCUUCAAAUGAAGAACGAAGAUGAAAAUAUAAAGAUGUUCAUGAUAGCAUUAUCUAUAAUCUCAACAAAAUAGAAGACAACUUCCAAGUCUUGCUCGAUAGACUAUAAGCCCCAUGAAGGUAAGAAUAUUGUCCAUCUUUUUAUCUUAUGUCCCCAUCACUAGUCAGUGUCUAAAACGUGGUUGCUGUUGUUAGGUUCCAACUCAUAGCAUUCUUAUGUACAACAGAAUGAAACACUGCUUGGUUCUUCAUCAUCCUCACAAUCAUUUUUAUGUUUGAGCCCAUUGUUACAACCACUGUGGCAAUCCAUCUAUCUUCUUGAGGGUUUUCUUUUUCACAGAUCCUCUACUUUUUUCUUUUUUUCUACUUUACCAAGCAUGAUGUCCUUCUUCAGGGACUGGUCCCUCCUGAUAACAGGUCCAAAGUAUGAGAGACAAAGUCUUGCCAUCUUCUGUUCUAAGGAGCUUUCUGGCUGUACUUCUUCCAAGACAGAUUUGUUCAUUCUUCUGGCAGUCCAUGGUAUAUUCAAUAUUCUUCACCAACACCAUAAUUCAAAGGUGUUAAUUCUUCUUUGGUCUUCUAAUUCAUUGUCCAGCUUUCACAUGCCUUUGAGGUGAUUGAAAAUACCGUGGUUUGGGUCAGGCACACCUUAGUCCUUAAAGUGACAUCUUUGCUUUUUAACACUUUAAAGAAGUCUUUUGCAGCAGAUUUGGCCAACGCAAUAUGUCCUUUGAUUUCUUUUUUGUUGUUGUUGAGAAAAUAUGUCAAAUAUAAUGUAACAAAACAAAACUAGUAAUUCAUCAAAUACUAGACAACAUUUUAAUGAGAAAUUUUAUGGACAACAAUGUCAAAAUAUUACUGAUAGGUCUCAAAAUAAGCUUGAAUGAAUAAACACAACAGCAUAUUCUUUAAUAGAAAGAUUAAACACGUAUUUGAAAGUGCCAGUUGUCAAGUCAAUUAACAAAUUCAGAAUAUUUUUCAGAACCCGACAAAAUGAUUUUAAAGUUAAUUUAGACUUUUAAUACAAGUGAUACAUCCCCCUUCAAAAAUUCGAAAAAGGUGAGAAAUUGUGAACAGGAAUAUAAUAGACUACCAAAUGUUAAAAUGGGAAGAAAAAAGAAAGGAAAAGCUAUACUAAUGGAAUUAGAAGAUAAGGCUACAGCAAGAGAUUUAUGGAAUAGAAUAGCAUGAGAAAAUGUAUAAAGUACUGUAAAGGAGUAUGUUCAAAUAAACUAUUAUGUCCCUUGAUUUCUUGACUCCUGUUUCCAAGGGUGUUGAUUGUGGGUCCUAGUAUAAUGAAAUCUUUGACAACUUCAAUAUUUUCUCCAUUUAUCUUCAUAUUGCUUAUUGGUCAAUUUGUGAGGAUUUUUUUUGUUUUCUUUGUAUUGAGGUGUAUUUCCUACUAAAGGCUGUAGUUUUUGAUCUUUAUCAGUAAGUGCAUCUUCACUUUCAGCAAGGAAGAUUGUGUCAUCUGCACAACUCAGGUUGUUAGUGAGUCUUCCUCCAAUCCUGAUGCCACGUCCUUCUUUAUUUAGUUCAGCUUCUCGGAUUAUUUGCUCAGCAUACAGGUUGAAUAAGUGUGGUGAAAGGAUACAACCCUAACGCACACCUUUCCUGAUUUUAAACCACACUAAAAUAAAAUACAGGUAAACAUCUUUCUCGUUUUCUUGGCUUUCAACCAAGAUCCAUCUGACAUAAAAAAUGAUGUCCCUUAUUUCAUGUCCUCUUCUGAAUCUGGUUUGAAUUUAUGGCAGUCUGUUGAUGUACUGCUGCAACUGUUUUUGAAUUAUAUCUAACAUAAUUUCAUUUCUGUGUGAUAUUAAUUAUAUUGUUUGAUAAUUUCUGCUUUCCAUAGAAUCACCUUUCUUUGGAAUGGCCAUGAAUAUGGAUCUCUUUCAGCUGGCUGGCCAGGUAGCUGUCUUCCAAAUUUCUUGGCAUAGACCUGUGUGCACUUUCCGUGUUGCAUCCAUUUGUUGAAACAUCCCCUCAGUUGAUAUCCUGUCAAUUCCUGGCAUCUUGUUUUUCACCAGUGCCUUCAGUGCAACUUGGACUUCUUCCUCAGUACCAUCAGCUCUUGAUUAUAUAUAACCUCCUGAAAUGGUUUAACACUGACCAAUUCUUUUUGGUACAGUACUCUGUAUAUUCCUUCCAUGUUCUUUUGAUGCUUCCUGUGUCUCAAUUUUUUGCCCAUGGAAUCCUUCCAUAUUGCAACUCGAGGCUUGAAUUUUUUCUUCAGUUCUUUCAGCUUGAGAAAUGCUGAGUGUGUUCUUCUCUUUUGAUUUUCUAACUCCAGGUCUUUGCCCAUUUCGUUGUAAUACUUGACUUUGUCUUCUGGAGCUGCCCUUUGAAAUCUUCUCUUGAAAUCAGUUCUUUUACAUGAUUAUUUCUUCCAUUUGCUUUAGCUACUCUACAUUUAAGAGCAAAUUUCAGAGUCUCGUCUAACAUUCUUUUUGGUCUUUCCUGUCUUUUUAAUGACCUUUUGCUUUCUUCAUGUAUGAUGUCCUUGAUGUUGUCUCAUAACUUGUUUGGUCUUCGGUCAUUAGUGUUUAAUGAGUCAAACCUACUCUUAAGAUGGUCUCCAAAUUUUGGUGGGAUAUACUCAAAGUCUUACUUUGACUCUCGUGAACUUGUUUUGAUUUUCUUCAUCUUCAACUCGAACUUGCAUAUGAACAAUUGAAGGUCUGUUUCAGAGUCGGCCACUGGCCUUGUUCUGACUGAUGAUAUUUAGCCUUUCCAUUGUCUCUUUCCACAGAUGUAGUUGAUUUGAUUCCUGCGUAUUCCAUUCUUUGAGGUCUACGUGUGUAGUCGCUGUUUAAGUUGUUGAAAAAAGGUACUUACAAUGAGUAAGUUGUUGGUCUUGCAGAGCUCUAUCAUGUGAUCCCUGGCAACGUUUCUAUCACCAAGGCCAUAUUUUCCAACUAUUUGUCCUUCUUUGUUUCCAACUUUCACAUUUCAGUCUCUACUAAUUAUCAGUGCAUCUUGAUUACAUGUUUGAUCAAUUUCAGACUGCAGAAGUUGGUAAAAAUCUUCAAUUUCUUCAUCUUUUGCAUUAGUAGUUGGUGUGUAAGUUUGAAUAAUAGUCAUAUUAACUGGUCUUCCUUGUAGGUGUAUGAAAAUUAUCCUGUCACUGACAGCACUGUACUUCAGGAUAGAUCUUGAAAUGUUCUUUUUUGAUGGUGAAUGCGAUGCCAUUCUUCUUCAAGUUGUCAUUCUCAGCAAAGUAGGUCAUAUGAUUAUCCAAUUCAAAAUGGCCAAUACCAGUCCAUUUCAGCUCACAAAUACCUAUUUAAUUUUUGAUGAUUUCCUAUUUUCCUAGAUUCAUACUUCAUAAAUUCCAUGUUCCAAUUAUUAAUGGAUGUAUGCAGCUGCUUCUUCUCGUUUUGAUUCAAGCCACAUCAGCAGAUGACGGUCCCAAAAGCUUUACUCCAUCCACGUUAUUAAGGUUGACUCUACUUUGAGGAGGCAGCUUUUCCUCAGUCAUACUUUGAGUGACUUCUGACCUGAAGGGCUCAUCUUCCGACACUAUAUCAGACAGUGUUCCACUGCUAUUUAUAACGUUUUUACUGGUCAAAUUUUUUAGAAAUUGAUUGUCAGGUCCUUCUUCCUAGCCUGUCUUAGUCUGGAAGUUCUGCUGAAAUUUGUCCGCCAUGGGUGCCCAUGCUGGUAUUUGAAAUGCCACUGGCAACACGCAAUCCACCACGUUACAACAAACUGACAGAUUAAGUGUUGGAACUAGAUAGUAGAUACAUGAUUAUAUUGGUGAAGGGAAAGACAAUACACUAUACAGGGAAGUCAUUACAAUGGGACUGAGACGAAAGAAGACACUGAGAGCGACACAGGACACAGGAAUAAAGGGCAACCAGGGUAAAUACUAUAACAUAUACAAGUCUGCAACAACAGUAAGAACAAACAAUAAUUUUCAAGAGGAUACAUGUAUGUUAAAUAGGUAAGGGAAGUCGUAUGGGAAUACACCCACAUUGCUUAUAUAGGUAUGGCUGUGGUAAUUUCUACAUACAUGUUUGUAAGUUCAGUACGUAUAUUCAUAUAUAUAAUAAAGUACAAAAGGAUUGUCUUAGGCUGGGUUCUCUAGAGAAACAAAACCAGUCAGAUACAUACAUAAAUACAUAUAUAUAUAUGUAUAUAUAUAUAUUUGCUGUUGUUGUCAGGUGCUGUCGAGUCAGUCCUGACUCAUAGAGACCCUAUGUACUACAGAACAAAACACUGCCGUGCUGGCAAUCGUUGUUAUACUUGAGCCCAUUGUUGAGCCCACUGUGUCAGUCCCUCUAGCUGAACAUCUUCCACUUUUCUGCUGACCCUCCACUUUACCAAGCAGGAUGUCCUUCUCCAGGGACUGAUCCCUUCUGACAACAUGUCCAAAGUAUGUAAGAUACAAUCUCACCAUCCUUGCUUCUAAGGAGCAUUCUGGUUGUACUUCCUCCAAGACAGCUUUGUUCGUUCUUUUGGCAGUCCGUGGUAUAGUUAAUAUUCUUUGCCAACACCACAAUUCAAAGGCUUCAUUUCUUCUUCAGUCUUCCUUAUUCGUUGCAUAUGAUGCAAUUGAAAAUACCAUGGCUCGGUACACGCAUACCUUAGUCUUCGAGGUGACAUCUUUGCUCUUCAACACUUUAAAGAGGUCCCUUGCCGCUGAUUUGCCCAAUGCAAUGCGUCUUUUGAUUUCUUGACUGAUGCUUCCAUGGCUGUUGAUUGUGGAUCCAAGUAAAACGAAGUCCUUGACAACUUCAAUCUUUUCUCCGUUUAUCAUGAUGUUGCUUAUUGCUCCAGUUGUGAGGAUUUUUGUUUUCUUUAUGUUGAGGCAUAAUCCAUACUGAAGACUGUGGCCUUUGAUCUUCAUCAGCAAGUGCUUCAAGUCCUCUUCACUUUCAACACCCAUACACACACACACACACACACACACACACGUAUAUGUAGAGAGAGAGAGGGAGAAAGAGAGAGAGAGGGAGAAAGAGAGAGAGAGGGAGAAAGAGAGAGAGAGAGAGAGAUUAAUCUCAAGGAAGUGGCUCAGGCAGUGAAAGAAGCUGGCACGCCUGAAAUUCGUGGGCCAGACAUCAGGCUGGAGGCUUCUCCUGACUGAAGUAGCUGCAGGGGCUGAUGAACCCAAGAUUGGCAGGUCAGAUGGCAGGCCACUGGCUCACACACUGUAGAGGCUGAUGCAUCCCAAGACUGUAAGUAAGCUGCUAGCUGAAGUCCCAAGAACCAGAGGUCAGGUACCUGAUGACGAGCUCAAUGUGGGAUGCGCAGCGAAAGCCUUGCUGGAACAUCUAUUUACAUACUUAAGGCAGGCCACAUGCCCAAGGAAUGUCCCUUUCAAUUGACUGGCUGCUCAUGGCAGAUCUCAUCAUGGAAUUGAUCACAUCAUUAGAUAACUGCCAAACUACAUCAUAACUGCCAAACCACUGAGAAUCAUGGCACAGCCAAAUUGACACACAACUCUAACCAUCACAGGGGCACAGUUAUGGAGAUUUCUUGGACAUAACCAAACACCUUGUGGGACUGAGCUAUUGGGCUUGAAGGCUAAGGACCAUAGUCUCGGAAGUCAUCUAGGUCAAUUGGCAUAACACAGCUCAUAAAGAUAAUGUUUUGCAUCCUAGUCUGGUGGGUAGUAUCCAGGGUCUUAAAACCUCAUGAACAGCCAUCUUCAAUGCAACUAUUGGCCUCUUCCUGUCUGGAACAAAGGAGAAUGAAGAAAUUCAAAGACUCAAGAAAGCAAUUAGUCCAAGGGACUAAUGGCCCACAUGAACCACAGCCUCAUCUAAUCUGAGACCAGAAGAGCUAGAUGGUUCCUGGCUACCACUACCGACCACUCUGACCUGGAUUGCAAUAGAAGGUCCCAAUUUGAACGGGCAACAAAUGUACAACAAAACUCAAAUUCAUAAAAAAAAAAGACUGGACUUACUGGUUUGAUAGAGACUUGAGGAACCCACAAGACUAUUGCCCUAAGAAAACCUUCUAACUGGAAGCUGAAGACACUCACAGAGACCACCUCUCAGUCAAAGAAUAGUCUGACCUAUACAAUAAAUAAUAACACCUGUGAGGAAUGCGUUCCUUAGAAUAAUCAACUGCACAGAGACCAAAAGGACAUUCGCCCAAAAGCAAAGAUGAGAAGGCAGGGAGGGGUAGGGAAAUGUGACAAAUGAAAAUGGGGAGCCCGGGGAGGAAAUGGGGAGAGUACCGACACAUUGUGGGGUUUGCAACUAAUGUCACAGAACAAUUUCUGUAUGAAAUAUUGAUGGGAAAAUUAAUUUACUGUGUAAACUUUCACCUAAAGCACAAUAAAAUGUUUAAGACAUUUUAUGGGACAAUUCUGCUUGGUCAUGUGGAGUGGCUGUGACAGCAGCUAACAACGACAAUCUUUAGGCAAGCAGUUCACCAGGACUCUCUUCUGAGUAGCCACUGAAUGGGCUCAAACUGCCAACCUUUGGGUUAGUAGCCAGUUGCAAGUUGCUUGCACCGCCCAGCCUCCUUGAUUUAGGUCUACAGGCCGCCAGUUUUCAUCCUCCCACUGAAUACCUUCUCAGGUGUUCAGAUCCUGGCCUAGUACUCUUUCUACCAGCACACAUGGUCUGUCCUCUGGGCUCUCUGGUGCAUCUAAUCACUCACGUACAAAGAAGUGGCAGAAAAAGGCUGCAGAGAAGGGUAAGAUGACUCCCUUCCCCGGGGCACGAUUGUGCUGAAACAAGAAGGGUACCCAGGACCCCAGGCUCUCUUUUGUCUUCUUCCGUUCAGUGCCACACCCUUUGGGUCACCGGGCCUGGGAAAUUCAAGGGAUUCAUUCUGAUGGGGAAAGUCCUGGCCUUGCCCUGCUCAUUCCAAAUUCCCCAGCAGAAAAAGCUGCCAGUCACUGAAGCAAGAAAGGAGCCAGGGUGGCAAAGGCUGCCUGCUUGGCUCCCAGCUGCUAAGGCCAGACCUGGAGGGCAGGCAGCUGCAUUCUGGGUCUACUCGCUCAGGUACCCUCCCCUGAGGGUCAGCGGGCCUGGAGCCUGGUGCCAAAAAAAGGGGGUAUCAGAUGGAUUGCAUCAUAAAAGCCUGCACAAGUGGCUCCAAAAAUAAUACCUGACCAAAACCAUCAUGAACUUUUACAGUCAUUGGAGCUUCUUCAAGACUCUAUGCUGUGUUGAUGAUUGUAAAAUUGUUCACUCAAACAAGGGAAAGAUUAGCCCAAAGGACAAAUGGAUCACGUCUACCAUGGCCUCCACCAGACUGAGUCCACUGAAGCUAGAUGAUGCCUGGCUACCACCACUGACUGCUCUGACAGAGGUCACAAUAGAGGGUCCCAAACAGAGCUGGGGAAAAACGUAGAACAAAAUUCUAAUUCAAAAACAAAGACCAGACUUGCUGGCCUGACAGAGACUGGAGAAACCCUGAGAGUAUGGCCCCCAGACACCCUUUCAGCUCAGUAAUGAGGUCACUUCUGAGGUUCACCCUUCAGCCAAAGAUUGAACAGGCGCAUGGAACAAAACAAGACUAAAGGGCUGCACCAGCCUUGGGGCAGGGACUGGAAGGCAGGAGGGAACAGGAAAGCUGGUAAUAGGGAACCCAGGGUUGAGAAGGGAGAGUGUUGACAUGUUGUGAUGUUGUUAACCGGCAUCAUAGAACAAUGUGUGCACUGUUUGAUGAGAAACUAGCUUGUUUUGUAAACCUUCAUCUAAAGUACAAUAAAAAAAAAAAAUUGUUCAGUCAAGCCCAAUGAUGGUGAUCUACCCCCUGAUAUUCAGUCAGAAUUUAAGAAAUUCAAAUGAUGUGUUGCAUAGUCGUAGGAAAGCACUAGAGGUUGACUCAAAGAACCAGGUUCAAAUGGAGAAACGCUAAAGGAACAGAACACAGACUGACAUAACCAUAGGCUGCUUCAACCUUGCUUAGCAAUGUAUAUAAAUAUGCAGAGAAAAACAUAAAAAUGUUCAUAGUAGUUAUCUGUAGGAAUGGGAAAUAGGUGACUUUAAUUUCUGUGUGUUACUCCACAAAAGACUGAAGGUAGUUUACAAAUAGACAAAAUGAGAUGGAUUAAGAAAAAUAAGUAAAAAAGAAGCAUCAAAGAGGAAAUUAACGUUGUGAAGCAAGCUUGAGGCAGGAGAGGGGCAAGUGCUAAGGCUGAACCAUAUGAAAUUACCACUUUCGUAGAUCAGGAACAACUGAAUAACAGCAAUUUCAUACAUUUCAGUUUAAUACAAAAGCUCUAUGAAGCAGUUCUACCCUGUAACACAAGGGGUCGCCAUGAGUUGAAAUCAACUUGAUGGCAACGGGUUUGGUUUAAGAGAUGUGAAUGCUUUGCCUGGGUCGUAACUAACAGAUCCUGAUAAAACUCUGUCCAGUUUAUAAGCAAUUCAGUAAGUUGAUUACUGUGUUUUUACUCAAAUAACACGGGCGUUAUACUUUUUUGCCAACCUCACAACCCCCACGUGUUAUUUUCAUAAGUGCGUUAUACCAAUAUUUUUUACAUGUUGCUGACUUCAAUUUCAAUUUUUUUUUUUUCUUGGCCAACAGAUUUAAUGUUAUCCGGAUAAAUCUGAUCUCAUGGAAACUUCAUUUAAGGCCUGGUGAACUCAGACUCAGCAGAGAAUCAAAGGGAGAGUCAAGUCUCCUGAAUGGCAUUCAAAAUUAGGUUCAGAACCACAAUGGCUUCUUGGCCUGAGUUGGAAAAUGUCCAUGCAGACCCCAAUAAAUGCAUUGAAGGGGCCACUAGUCAGCAGUCCGCCACGCCUGCAAAAGGUGAAGAGGCCGCUAAAAAUGCCUCCGUGAGUCCUGUAACUGAGAUGGAUCUGUCUUCUUUCAACACCGUGCCAGUCAACGAUGCAUCCACAGAGGUGGAAGACCCCUGGGACCUGCCUGUACUUCAGGACACGGGGAUCAAGUGGUCAGAGAGAGACAUCAAAGGGAAGAUUCUAUGUAUAUUCCAAGGGAUUGGGAAAUUCAUUUUACUUCUGGGAUUUCUCUACUUGUUCGUGUGCUCCUUGGAUGUCCUCAGCAGUGCCUUUCAGCUGGCUGGAGGAAAGGUGGCUGGCAAGUUCCUCAGUGACAACGUCAUGCUCUCUAACCCUGUGGUGGGGCUGGUGAUUGGAGUCCUGGUGACCGCCAUGGUGCAAAGCUCUAGCACCUCCUCAUCCAUCAUCGUCAGCAUGGUUGCUGCCUCACUGUUGACGGUGCGGGCUGCCAUCCCCAUCAUCAUGGGGGCCAACAUCGGAACCACUAUUACCAACACCAUCGUGGCGCUCAUGCAGGCAGGAGACCGGAACGAGUUCCGAAGGGCUUUUGCAGGGGCCACCGUCCAUGACUUCUUCAACUGGCUCUCGGUGUUUGUGCUCUUGCCCCUGGAGUCUGCCACCCAUUACCUGGAGGUCCUGACCAACUUUGUGGUGGAGACCUUCCACUUCAAGAAUGGUGAAGACACCCCAGAUCUUCUGAAAGUCAUCACAGAUCCCUUUACAAAGCUCAUUAUCCAGCUGGAUAAAAAAGUUAUCAAACACAUUGCGAUGAAGGAUGAAACAGCCCAAAACAAGAGUAUGGUCAAGAUUUGGUGUCACACUUUCACCAAUAUGACUGAGAUGAAUGUCACCGUCCCUUCACCCGAGAACUGCACUUCCCCUUCCCUCUGUUUCACGGAUGGUUUCCAAUUCUGGACCAUGAAGAACGUGACCUACAAGGAAAACAUCGCCAAAUGUCAGCACAUCUUUGUGAAUUUCAACCUCCCGGAUAUUGCCAUUGGUGCUAUCUUGCUGAUAAUCUCCCUGCUGCUCCUCUGCACCUGCCUGGUCAUGAUUGUAAAACUCCUCAACUCCGUGCUCAAGGGACAGGUUGCUAUUGUCAUCAAGAAAACCCUCAACACUGAUUUCCCCUUUCCCUUUGCCUGGUUGACUGGCUACCUAGCCAUCAUUGUGGGAGCAGGAAUGACCUUCCUCAUGCAGAGCAGCUCCGUAUUCACAUCGGCCAUGACCCCACUGAUUGGCGUUGGUGUGAUAACCAUUGAGAGGGCAUACCCACUCACACUGGGCUCCAACAUUGGCACCACCACCACUGCCAUCCUGGCUGCCUUAGCCAGCCCAGGCAAUACCUUGAAGAGUUCACUUCAGAUUGCCUUGUGCCACUUCUUCUUCAACGUCUCUGGCAUCUUGCUGUGGUACCCGAUCCCGAUCAUCCGCCUGCCUAUCCACCUGGCCAAGGGGCUGGGCAACAUUUGUGCUGAGUACCGUUGGUUCGCCAUCUUCUACGUGGUCUUCUUAUUCUUCCUCGUCCCGCUGACAGUGUUUGGCCUCUCACUGGCUGGCUGGCAAGUGCUGGUGGGUGUGGGUGUGCCCAUCAUCCUCCUGCUGAUCCUGGUGGUGUUCAUCCGGCUCCUGCAGUCCCACUGCCCACGUGUCCUACCCCACAAACUCCAGAACUGGAACUUCCUGCCCCUGUGGAUGCACUCGCUGAAGCCCUGGGACCACCUCAUCUCCCUGCUCACCAGGUGCUGCCAGAGGCACUGCUGCUGCUGUCGUGUGUGUUGCCUGCUGUGUGGCUGCCCCAAGAGCUGUGAGGACCUGGAGGAGGGGCAGGAGCACUCUAAAGACAUCCCCAUCAAGGCCUCCUAUGCCUUCGAUAACGUGGCCAUGAGUAAAAAGGCCCAGGAUAAGGUCAAGUUCCAAGUUAAUAUCCUGGGUACGAAGACCAUCUCCAGCAGCACAGUCUUUUAGGGGCCUGCCAAGAGAUGGGAGGAGGGACCCCAAGUCCUACAUGCUUCUGCACACCUUUCACUAAGAAGUGGAGCUGACAUCAGUCCGGACUCUCGCUUCCCUUAGCCCAGUACAUAACCUGCAGGGUUGUUUUAUCUCAGCCCCUGCUCGCUUGGUCUUCCUCUCUCAGGAAGGAACAGGACAACACUCAAUGAGAUUUGACAUUGAAACUUGGGCAGAUAAAUGAUCACACUCUCUGUACACCGAGGGGUUGAUCACUAGGGACAAUUUUCAGAUUCAAACCAUCCUAUUCAGAAGGAAAAAGCUCAAGGGAGGAAUUUAUGGAAGGUUCUCAAAGCUGCCUAUGUAACUAUAUGUAUUUAUGUAUACAAACACAUGCAUACACAUGGUUUUCUUUAUUGUGAUAAAGCUCCACCAUAUCUCCUGUUAAAGACUGGCUUCAGCCAAGAGGUGUUCAAGCUCAGCUGCUCCCAGGUACCCAUGCCCUCAUCAGGUAGGUUUAGGUGAAAGAGCUUAAUAGUUGUAGCUCAUGAAAACUUGGAGAUCACCAUGGGUGUGAAUCUUUCCCACUUCCUAAACAAACCUAAAACCAAACCUAUUGCUGUCGAGUCGAAUUCCGACUUGUAAUGACAUUACAGGACAGAGUAGAACUUCCUCCUGGGGUUUCCGAGAUGGUAAAUCUUUAUGGAAGUGGACUGCCACAUUUCUCCCCCAGAAUGGCUGGUGGGUUCGAACCACCCAAUUUUUGUUUUGCAGCAGAGUGCUUAACCACUAAGCCGGUAGGGCUAAAAGGGCAGGUGAAGCUCGUCCAACCAGUUUAACUGCCGUGUCCUCUCUCAAACACUGAUUGUUGUUCAUUUUUACCUUGAGACAGUGAGGUAGCUUAGGCUCUGUGGCUAGGAAGUUUCCAGGAUGGGAGCCACAUUAGAGCUGCCAAGGUUCACAAGGUGCUUUGUCUUGCCUGCUGCUCCAGUCUUCCUGAGAGAGAGAGGCCCUGUUCCCAAGCUAGGCUCAUUUGGGGAGACGCAUUAUCUGCGUAAAACACCUCAGGUUCCUAAUUUGCCUAAUUGAGAAGCCAGAUUGACAAAUUGUGUCAAAAGCCUAAUGGGGCAGGUAAAAAUCACCACCACCCCUUUUCUUUUUUUUGUCCACCACUUGGUGUUGGAUCAUUUGGAAUAAGACAUGCAAGUGCCCCAAGUCCCUCCCUCUACUGCUGCCACCUUGAAUUGCAGGAAUUAUCUGAGUAUAGAAUAGUUCUCUCUGUUUACCUUUCACUCUUUUGAGCAACUAAGUUUCUGGAUCAGCUCUUAGUGGUCAGCUUCCAACCAUCAUCCAUCCACUCAUCCACCCAUAUACUGAAACCUAAGCCAGAACCUCUUUCCAAACUUUAUCCCACUUCUCCAUAGAUGAGCUUCUAUGUCCUGCCUACUUUCCUUGCCCACUAAGCUCUGAACUUUUCUCAGAGAAGAAAGCAGGGGAUAGCCGGGCUGCCCACAGAACCAUAGUCAUCAAGUAGCUGUAGGGCUCAUGUGUGUCUACAGGACCAAGGCCUGUGCUCAUUCUUGUCCUGGGUAUGCUUUCUGGAACCCCAAGUUGUAUUUGCACCUUUUCCUCCACUGUUCCUCGCCCUCAACAACCCACUUCUCACCACUUCUCGUGAGCUGCAGGGGUGUCUGGGAAAGGGAAAUGAGGCAGCUGAGCUCCCGCAUUCCAGCUUCCCCAUCUUAACAGGUUGUGAUACCAAACUGAGCCCUCACCUGACCCUCCUCCUUCUCGAUAGCAAUUCCCAAAUGUGUCAUUUAUGCUCUAUUUAUAGCCACACGCCUGUACAGCAUUUUUCAUAACUUAUAAAGUGUGAUUUGUGUUUUAUAGUGUUCUCAUUUGGAAAAGGGGCACGGUUCUCUUUUGAAAUGUAAAGAAAAAACACCGUCUUUGUGUGUUUGUAGUAUCGUGUUUUCACUAAGCCUCCGUCACCACACCUGUGCCACACGCUCUAUAAAUAUGUAAGUGAAACCCAGGUGGGAGCUAUGGCCAUCUUUGCACUCUGGUGAUUUUUUUUUUUUUAAUUGAAUUUUUGUAUUUAUAGUUGCUUUUUGUUUUUUACUUGUGGGAAGGCAGAAAUCAAAAAAAAAAAAAAAAAGAUCAAACCCAAAGUGAGUGUUGCUUUUCAAUUACCAGGAAAUAGGGGCCUGGAUUUUUCCUAAGAUUAUGAGGUCUCUUCCUUCACUUUCACUACCCACGACCCACACCAUGGCCACUGACAUGUAUUGUUGGGACCCUUGUUUAAAAAGCAGGGGGUAAAGUGUUAUAAGAAUUAAAAAUGCAUAAUUUCCUUUUCACAGUCUCUUUCUGGACUUGUCAAUGAUUUUUUGGGUUUUUUUUUUGUUGUUGUUUUUAAUUUCCAUUUAUAUGACAUUCCAAGUGAAGAAAGAAAAUUAAAACUUUAUUGCAAGUAUUAUUAGCAUGAAUUUCAUGGCUCAUCUUUAUAUUGUGCAAUGCCAGUUUUAAAUGCAACAUAGAACUUUAAUUCAUAUGCAGAA